UACACUACCGAGAUUCCCCAUUCAUCACAAUGAGCUCAGCGGCGCAAGUCAGUCUACCAAGCAUGAGUGUUUUCCGUGUCUUCAAACCGACAAUUUUAUUCCAAGCUCCUCAACUCACCUACUUACAACAGCUGGUACUACAAAAUGAGUUAGGAGUAACUACUGCUGCGACGUGGAAUCCGAGUUUCGGACCUUUGAAUUAUGCAACUAUGGCUAUCUUUCCUCCAAACACAGUGCCUGCACCUCCGCAGGAUUCGACUCAAGAUUACCGCGAGAUACACACAAAUUCUUUCUACUUCCAGCACCAGAUGUCAAAUACGUUACCCAAAGAAGAGAGCAUCCAGCAAGCAGACGAAUCAGCGCCUCACGACAUACUAAGCGUGGAAAUCUCCCCCAAGGAAACCACCGCGCAAUGCCUUAAGUCAAAAGAUCGCAAGAAACGUUUCCCGUGUCCUUUUUGCGAUAUACGAUGCAGUAAUAAUGGACAGUUACAAGGACACUUGCGAAUUCACACCGGCGAACGACCCUAUUGCUGCGAUGUACACAACUGUAACCGGAGGUUUGCGCGCAACGAAGAACUAACGCGGCACAAGCGGAUUCAUACAGGCAUCCGACCUCACGAAUGCAAAGUGUGCAGGAAAGCGUUUGGACGCAAGGAUCAUCUUAGUAAACACGAAAAAACGCACCAUCAGGACCCUGAGAAAAAGGUACUUUUAUGUCUAGUGUCGGGGUGUCGGCAGAAGUAUAGCCGAUUAGACGCUUCGACAAGACAUCAAUGGACCGCGCGCUCUGUGCUUCGCCCCUCAAGGUACGGAGGAAGGAAGGUUGAAUCGAGUAGUUAGCUGUGUAUGCGACCUUUUACCGCUACUCAGAGGGCGUGAUAUGUUCGAACAAGAUCUACUGAGAAGGACACUUCGUUAUGUUUGACCUUGUGGACGUAUCUCUUCACGCCGCGCUUGGGUCUCCUAAACUAUUAUGUAGAACUGUACAGGACCAGAAAUGAUCCCAGGACCCGAAACGAUCCCAGGACCCGAAACGAUCCCCAAAAGUUCCCCAACUGAUCCCGAAACGAUCCCCAAGAGUCCCCGAAAUGAACCCCAAGGAAUUGCAGUAAUGGACAA